AUGAGAAGCGGUUCUCAGGCCGAGGGCGGGUCCGAGCCUUCGGGGGCCGAGGUUUUGACUGCAGGGCUUGCCGGCCUGAAGAUGGCUUCGCUGUCCAAUAGUCGCCGGGUCCGCCGGCUGUCCUCGUUGGGCCACGUCGCGGUGGUCGUGGACCAGGGUUCCGGCUUCACCAAGGCGGGCUUCGCGGGAGAGGAGCAGCCACGCCUGGUACUCAAGAGCUCCAGCCUGGUCCCCAGCUGGGACCGGCCCGUACUGCCCGGGGCGCCUGGCUGCGAGCUGGCGGGCGGCGUGGCGCGGGCACACCCCAUCAAGCACGGCGUGGUGGUGGACUGGGAGGCGCUGGAGGGGUUGUGGGAGCGCCUGCUGGUGGGCGGCCUGCGGGUGUGCCCGGACGAGUGGCCGGUGCUCGUGAGCGACUCCCCGUCGGCGCCACCAGCGGGCCGCGAGAGGGUGGCCGAGCUGCUGUUCGAGGCCCUGGCAGUGCCCGCGUGCCACCUGGCCAGCACCGCCUUGUUGGCGCUCUGCUCCGUCGGCGCGUUCAGCGGGCUGGCCCUGGAGGCGGGUGCGGGCGUGUGCCAUGCCACGCCCGUCUAUGCGGGCCACUCGUGGCACAAGGCCACCUUCCGGCUGGAUGUGGCUGGCAGCACCCUGUCGCGCUACCUGCGGGAGCUGCUGGUGGCAGCAGGGCCUGACCACCGUCUGCAGGCCCUGCCACACAAGAUCAUCACGCAGCUCAAGAAGCGCUGCUGCUACGUGUCGCUAGACUUUGGCGGUGACCUCUGUAACCCCGCCCGCCACCACCCAGUCAGCUUCUACUUAGGCGAUGGGUGCACUGUCUGCCUUGGCAGCGAGCGCUUCUGCUGCCCAGAACCCCUCUUCCAGCCGGGUCUGCUAGGCCAGGCUGAGCCGGGACUGCCCAUCCUGGCCUUCCGGGCACUGCAGAGGGUGCCCGCAACACUACGGACACGGCUGGCCAACACCGUGGUGCUGGCCGGUGGCUCCACGCUUUUCCCUGGCUUCCCUGAGCGCCUGGAGCUGGAGCUGGAGGCCCAAUGCCGGCGGCAUGGCUGUGGGAUGCUGCAGCCGUGCCUGGUGGCCAAGCCUGGGCGCGGGACAGCGGUGUGGACGGGCGGCUCCAUGGUAGCCUCGCUGCGCACCUUCCAGUCCCGCUGGAUGACCCGGGCCAUGUACCAGGAAUGUGGCUCCAGGCUGGUGCACGAAGUGUUCCACUGA